CUUAGGUGAUUUAGCUAGGAAACUGGCUAGAAUCUGCGGCUCCGGAGUCAGCUGUUUCCCUAGAAAAUCAGACUGGUGUUAAGCCAAGAUGGUGGCCUGCAAAGCUCUAGUUUCAGUUGUAAACGAGAGCUACGGGGGCGGGUCUAAAAUGCAUCACAGCUGAUCUGGAGGUCCUCCCCCUCCUUAACUUGUUUUUUGCAGAGAACAGCUUUGCAGAGAUUCACAGGGGGACCUCUUGUUUUCUUUCUCUCUUUCUGGUUAUUUUUAACCUAGCGCUUAUUAAAACUACAACCCGUUUUUCCUUCAGUCUUGAAUUUAAACACAGCUUCAUGAUGCCACUUCUUUUCAGAAUAAACUGCAAUCGCAAUUUUUCACCCGAAUACCCAAAUAUCUUUGUCAUCCACUGUGAUUUUAGCCCAGAUCUGAGCAAGUUUUAGUGUUUUCGCCUUCACAGCAUCUGAUGUGUUAGUGCGAGCCGUCAGUGGAGAUGUUUUCGACAGGAGAGGAUGUUCAUUCCCAUUUGUUUACCUCACUGAAGGAGUCAUCUGGAGCUGCAAUCUCCCCAACACUGGAGCUCAGUCUAACUACCGUCUACAUCGUCCUCUACUCCUUCCUGUUUGUUUUCGUUUACCUGCAGCUCUGGCUCAUUUUGCACUACGGACACAAGCGCUUCAGCUACCAGAGUGUGUUUUUGUUUCUGUGUUUGCUGUGGGCAGCGCUGAGGACGACCCUCUUCUCUUUCUACUUUAAAAAUGUGAUGCAAGCCAACCAGCUGCAGCCUCUGGCCUACUGGCUGCUCUACUGCUGCCCCGUCUGCCUGCAGUUCUUCACACUCUGCCUACUCAACCUCUACUUCACCCAGGUGAUGUUCAAGGCAAAAGCCAAGUAUUCACCAGAGCUCACCAAAUACAAGGUUCCCCUGCGUUUGUUCUUCCUGUGUCUUAGUAUGUUCUUUCUGGUGGUGAAUUUAACUUGUGCAUUGUUGGUGCAAGGGGCUCUGCAGCGCUCUGAACCACCGAGUGAUGGGGGUAUCAGGCAUGCAGUCCUGGCCCGGGUCUUGAUCAACGACAGUCUGUUUGUCCUGUGUGCUGUCUCUCUGGCCGUCUGCAUCUUUAAGAUCGCCAAGAUGUCCUCUGCCAACGUUUACCUGGAGUCCAAGGGAACAUCAGUGUGCCAAGCUACAGCAGUAGGAGCCGUGGUGAUCCUGCUCUACACAUCCAGGGCCUGUUAUAACCUGGUGGUGGUGGCGCUGUCCCCACAGGACAGACCCAGUCCCUUCAACUACGGCUGGUACAGUGUGUCUGAUCAGGCCGAUGUGCAGGAGAUCAGCGGGGAAGCCUACGUUGUGUUUGGGAUCAUUCUGUUCUUCUGGGAGCUGCUUCCUACAAGUUUAGUUGUGCUUUUCUUCAGAGUCCAGAGACCCAACCAAAACCUGGCUCCCGGAGGGAUGAUCAACAGCCACAGUUUCAGCUCCAGAGCAUAUUUCUUUGACAACCCUCAAAGGUAUGAUAGUGAUGACGACCUGUCAAGAAGCAUCAAUAGUAGGACUGAUCGGACCAGUCUCCACUCCACCACUCCCCAGCUAGGUACAUCCAGUUGGUAUGGCUCCAUCCAACGUAACGGGACUCUAGCCGCGGGCGUUGCAUCCGCCCAGCAACCGCCAUCUUCCACGGCCCCCCUCCUCUUUGCCUACGGAAACAUCCAGAGUCACAAUCCCCACCAUCACAACUACUACUCCACCCCGCAGAACAACUACCACCAUCAUCAUCACAGUAACUACUUUUCAACGCCACAGAAUUAUUACUGUGGGUCACAAACAUAUUUCUGCACCCCACAGAAUUAAGCAGGGUCCAUCCGUUAGAUUG